AUGCACUGCAGAAACUGCAACAAGAAGGGGCACACCGUCUGUUACUGUAAAGCGCCAACACAACCCAUCUCUCAAAUCCCCACCGCGGGAGGAAGUCAAGCUUGUUAUGAGUGUGGCGAAAUUAGGCACUUCAAGAGAAACUGCCCAAAGACAAAGAAUGAUUUCUGCCCAAAGACAAAGAAUGAUGGCGAUGUAGGAAGAAUUUUGGCAAUUGUCCAUGAAGAAGCGAUGGCAGAUCCUAACGUGGUUACUGGUACGUUUCUUCUCAGCAAUUCUUAUGAAUGCAUUCUUUUCGAUAGUGUUGUGGAGAAAAGCUUCGUGAGCCAUAAAUUCAAACAUCUACUAAAACAAAAUCCCCAAACAUUAAAAGACACAUUCAUAGUAGAGAUGGCAAACGGAAAGACCAAGAGCAAAAAUGAUAUAUACAUAGGAUGCACACUUACUCUAAAAAACUAUUCAUUUCAAAUUGACCUUAUGCCAGUCUCAAUUAAAAGCUUUGACAUUAUAACCAACAUGGAUCGGUUAAGUCUUCAUCAUGCUAAUAUCCUAUGUUUUGAAAGAGCCAUUCAUCUUAAUCUGCCAAGUAACGAAUCUCUCGUUAUCUAUGGCGACAAAUCUGGUGCAAAUCUUCAAAUCAUUUCUUGCGUCAAGGCCAACAAGUAUCUUCGCAAAUAUUACUGUUCCUUCUUAGCCCAUGUAGUAGAUAAGACACAAGAGGUAAAAAUCAUCAACGAUAUCCUUGAAGUCUAUAAUUUCCCUGAUGUUUUUCCCAAAGAUAUCUCAGGAGUUCCUCCUGAACGUCAAGGCGAAUUCUGA